CGCGGGGCUGAGGCGGGUGGGAGCCGAAGCCUAGCGCGGGUUGAGGGAAGAGGGCAGUGACUGGCGAGUGGCGCGGGACCCGGAGCCUCUUGCACUUUUUUUCCUCCCGAGUGCCCCCUCCCACCUCUCCCACUCCACACACACCCUGUUUGCCCGUGAGCCUGGGGAACUUGCAGCUUAAAGCCAGCCACCCCCACGGCAACAUGUACCCCAGCAACAAGAAGAAAAAGGUGUGGAGAGAGGAGAAAGAACGUUUACUGAAGAUGACCUUAGAGGAGAGACGCAAAGAAUACAUAAGGGACUAUGUUCCCCUGAACACCAUCCUAUCGUGGAAGGAGGAGAUGAAGGGCAAGAGCCAAAAUGAUGAAGAAAAUACUCAGGAAACAUCACAGGUGAAGAAAAGUUUGAGUGAAAAAGUUUCUCUCUAUAGAGGUGACAUCACAUUGCUAGAGGUAGAUGCUAUAGUCAAUGCGGCAAAUGCCAGUCUUCUUGGAGGAGGAGGUGUGGAUGGCUGUAUUCACAGAGCAGCUGGGCCCUGUUUACUGGCUGAAUGUCGUAACCUGAAUGGCUGUGAAACUGGACAUGCAAAAAUCACAUGUGGCUAUGACCUGCCUGCAAAAUAUGUCAUCCAUACUGUAGGACCAAUAGCCAGAGGCCAUAUUAAUGGUUCCCACAAGGAAGACCUUGCAAAUUGCUACAAAUCAUCUCUGAAGCUGAUGAAAGAAAAUAACAUCCGAUCAGUCGCAUUUCCCUGCAUCUCAACCGGCAUUUAUGGUUUCCCAAAUGAGCCUGCUUCUGUCAUUGCCCUCAGCACCAUUAAGGAAUGGCUGGCCAAGAAUCAUCACGAGGUGGAUCGGAUCAUCUUCUGUGUCUUCUUAGAAGUUGACUUCAAAAUCUACAAAAAGAAAAUGAGCGAGUUUUUCCCUGCAGAUGAUAAUAAUGAAGAAGAAGGUGUUGACAUGAAAGAAGAUUCAGAUGAGAACGGUCCAGAGGAAAAACAAAGUACAGAAGAAAUGGAAGGGCAGAGCCAAGAAGCAGACGGUGUCAACGCUGCAACUGGGCCCAGCCCUGCUUCAGAAGAGGCCGUUGAAGUCUGUAAAGAUGAAGAUUCUGCAAAGGAUGACCAUAUUACAAAAGACAAUGAAGUGACAGAUCAUUCUGUGUGUGACCAAGAUCAUCCUAAUGGACAAGAGCAUGAUUCAACGAAGAAUGAAAUAAAAAUUGAGGCAGACUCCCAGAGCUCAUAUAUGGAAACAGAAGAGCUCUCACCAAACCAGGAAGAUGACACGACUGUGGAGCAACCAGAAUUGAUCCCGCUAACAGAUAACCAAGAAGACAAAGAAGGUGAAAAAGCUCAAGGCGAGGACACACCUAGAGUUCCUGUGCAAAGCGAAGGCUCUGGCUACACAGAAAACUCUCCAAGUCCUGAUGAUGAAAUGAAUAGUCAGGUUGACAGUGUAAAUGACCCAACAGAGAGUCACCAAGAAGAUUAA